ACUUGUCUUGUUUUGGCCAAAAGCCGUUGUUUACACUGCAAGGAUGGCAUAGAGAUUCGCUAAUCUGCAGAACAUAAACAGGCGUCAGACUAACGUGCAUAUGUUCUAGCGAUCAUAACGGACACGGGCCUAUUUUGACAGCACGAGCCACCCGUUACAAGAGGGUUUAAGGAUUGAGUGGCGCAUUAGAAAUAGAGGUCUCUCCUCCAAGAUAUGAUAACAAUAGCCACACUGAAAUGAGUAUCAGAGAUAAAGAGCUUAAGAUACAUUUCAAACCAGGGCACGUUGAGCUUGUUCAGGAUGAAGUCUACACUCCAUACCGGCGCGUUCUUGUAACUGGUGCAACAGGGCUUCUGGGCCAUGCUGUUUACAAGGAGUUCAAGAACAAUGACUGGGAUGCUUUGGGAUGUGGCUACAACCGUGCCCAGCCUUGUUUCCUGAAGUGUAAUCUCCUGGAUGACGAUGCAGUGCGAGGGGUCAUUCAGGGGUUUCAGCCUCAUGUCAUUGUGCACUGUGCUGCUGAGAGGAGGCCAGAUGUGGUGGAGCAUCACACUGAAGAAGCCAUGAACCUGAAUGUGCAUGCAUGUUCUACUCUGGCCAAAGAAUCAGAUGGCAUCUUCCUCAUCUAUAUCAGCACAGAUUACGUUUUUGAUGGACGUAAUCCUCCCUAUGGAGAAAACGAUGCCCCUAAUCCUUUGAACUUGUAUGGGAAGUCCAAGCUAGAAGGUGAAAGGGAGAUUCUCAGACACUGCCCAGCAGGCGCGGCUGUACUACGAGUGCCCAUUCUGUUUGGAGAGGUGGAGAAGGUUGAAGAGAGCGCAGUGACCAUGUUGUGGGACCGUGUUCAGGAGGGAGCCGAGAGCUGCACCAUAGACCACUGUCAGCAACGCUUCCCCACUUAUACUAAUGAUGUGGCACGUGUCUGCCGGAACAUGGCUGAGAGAGCCCUUCAGGAUCCAUCACUGCGUGGAAUCUUCCAUUACUCUGCCAAAGAACAGAUGACCAAAUAUGAGAUGGCCUUUGCAAUAGCAGAUGCUUUCAACCUGCCCAGCAGUCAUCUAAUACCUAUGACAGAGCAGCCUGCUGGAGCAGGAGCCCAAAGGCCUCAAAAUGCCCAGUUAGAGUGCUCACGUCUGGAGCUCCUCGGUCUGAGUGCGGAACCCACCCCUUUCAAGACUGCCAUUCAGGACAGCCUCUGGCCCUUCCAGCAUGACAAACGAUGGAGGCAGACUGUCUUUCAUUAAGGCAACAGCUCUAUCCCAACCUCCAGAAGAAAACAGGGCCACACUCUUUAAAUGUUUAGCAUUUCAGUAUUUCACUGAAGCACAAAUCCUAUUUCACAGUCCUGAAUGAAAACCGGUCCAUGCUUUUUACAAGUCCAGCAGCUUUGUUUGAUGUUCAAGAAUACAUCUGUUAUAGCCAACAGGUGUUUCGCCUUUAUGUGUUUUGCGCGAAUUGCACUGUGGUUUACUAAGUCUGGCCUUGACUGUACUUUGUGUUUCUUUCCUAACUGUAUUACUUUAUGUAAAUGACAAGCUGAAGACUUGUAUGUUUGAUAAAAGAACAGAUGAUAUCCUCAGUUUCUGCUGUUCCCUCUUUUUCCCUUAAAAAAAUACAAAUAAAAAAUCUGACAUUUACUUGAUGAAAGAGUGCAAUAGGAUUGAAGCACAAGGAAGGUUGAUAAAAUCAAGCCUUUAUAACCU